UUGUAUUUGCAUUUCUUUUAGUUUUCUCAAAGAGUAUUUUGAUGGGCUCCAAGAUAUGUGCAUUAGCUAGGAGCAUAGCGAAACAUGUCCAAGUGAAGUGGACACUGCAGCUGCUGCCCUUACUAAUAGUGCUCAACCAUGUGCAAGAAGCGAUCCAGUCAUCGUUGCAACUGCGUCUAGAGGCCGGGUCGAUGGCCCGCAUAAUUAACAGCGGUGCUCUCAUAGGUGCACUCUACGUGGUGUUUGAUGUAUGCUUGAUCCUGGUCGGCGCUGGAUUGAUCCUGAGCCGCAGCAAGCAGAGGACGGCCGUCCCAUUUCUGAUGCUGCAUCGCACGUUGCGUUGCAUCUUCAUUGCGAACUUUGCUCUCGAAGAUGCACUCAGCUAUUCUGUAGAUAUUGGCUCGCUGCUCUUGUUAUGGGCGUCGAGGCGGAAUCAAGAGGCCAAGUUGAAUAAGCGCAAAUGGGAUAUUUUGCUCUUUCUCUCACGCAUCUGCAUGAGCUUCAAUUAUUUGUCCUUGUGCCGUGCAAAGAAUGUCAUCAGUGGUUGGUUCUCGUUAAUUUGCUGCAUUUGUAUGCUGAUUGGCUUUAACUGCCGGCUUGUGGCGUGCCUGACUGCUUUGGCUGUGAUGUGGCAGGCCUGCUGUCUGGUCAACUGGUCGUUCAUAUUCGGCUGGAAUGAUCUGACCAUUAGUGUGUCCUUAAUAUGUUCGCUGUUCGGCAAAGUGGCUGGCUUUCUGUUAAUGGCAAGGCUCGGGGCUGGCAAGUGGUCCCUGGAUGCCCGAGCUUAGUUGCCAGUUCAUCAAUGCAACAACAAUAGCAACAACAACAGCAACAACAACAGCAUCAGCUUUCAACACGUGCUUCGCUGGCUCAACUGAAGUUGGAUUAAGAUAUAAAAGUCAUUAAGCAUUACGAGCCAAAUGAUUAUUUUUGUUUCUCUUCUUUUCGGCAAACGAUGCUUCGCUCGCAGAUUUACAUGCAAACAUCUAGAGUCCGCCCAUUGACGCCUUAAAAGUGACUAUACGAAUACUUGAACUGACUGCCUGUUAUACCCUAUAGUCAUUAAUCGCAUAGGCAUGGGUAUGCUAUGGCAGAGCAAAUAGGAACUUUAGAUAUGCGGAGAAUAUAAAUCCAA